UACACUAUUACUCACACACUGCAGUGAGGGUGCAAACUACAAGAUAAAUGCACCAUGGGAACUCAAUUGAUGACAUCACUGAGCUGAGUUUGGACACCAAGCAGAGUGUCUCAGCCAGUGGCUGAGCAGGAGGGAAUGUGGCUCAUCCAAUCACGGGGCUCUAGAGGCACAAAGACAACACAGAUAAGACAGCUGGAGUGAGAGAGAGGGGACGGAGAGGAGGGUGUGAGGGAGGAGCUGGAGAGCAUGAGCGCAGUAAGGAAGAGGCGGGUAGAAGAGGGAGGAGUUUGCUGUUAAGAAGUAAAAGAGAGAGAGAGUGAUGCUGUUGCUAGGGAACAGUGAAAAUGAGCCAUCCAUCUUUGGGAGCAAAAACACAGACAGGGUGCUGUUCUCCUAGCCUGGGAAAAUAAACCCUGUGUUAUUACAAGGUGAUAUUUCCUCGUUAUGUAGUGAGGGAGAAAAUCAGAGAGGGAGGAGAGAAAGCAGAGGGCCCAGGUGAGAUUACGUAAUCAUCACAUCAGCGCUUGGUGGUUGCCGGUGCAGAGGGAUUGUAUCUGUAGCCUGACAAGUUAACCACAAUCCCCUGUGGAGAUGAAGCGGUUGGACACAGAGCCAUGCUGCAGGAGGCACAGGAGGCAAAGAACAUCUGGAUUCACCUCUUCUGGAUGAAGACAGCAGUGUGUGGUUGCUGAACAGAGGAGAGCAUCAGGAAGCAGACAGGAUAGACACAGCACUCAUCUUCUCACCCAGAUACACACCCACCUGAAAUCUAGCCGUGCCAGUCUGUCUGUCCAGUGCAGGAAAGAGAGAGAAGGAAAAAGGAAGAGAGAUAGCGCAUGUGACUUCCUCAUCCUACACAAGUGAAGCGUUAUGGAUUUAAGCAUGGCAAAAAAACAAGUCCAGGCCUGAGCGAGGGAACUCACACACACACACGCACACACACACACCCACACACACACACAUACACACAAGGAGCAGCAGGAGAACAGAGAACACACAGGGAAAGGCGUAUUUCUGGUGUGAGUAUCCUUCGUGCAGUGUGACCUUCCUGCACCUCUGGACAGGAGGAUGGGUACGACAGAAGCCACUCUGCGCAUGGAAAACUUGGAGGUGAAGGAUGAGUGGCAGGAUGAAGAUUUCCCACGGCCUCUGCCGGAGGAUGGAGACCUUGAUGGCCUUACUGACAAUCGCACAUCUCCCCCUGGCUCUCUGCACGGAGGUCACGGAGGCUCAGCAGCUCAGAGUAAGCGAAGGACACUCGUUGCCCCAGACAUAAAUCUGUCCUUGGACCGGAGCGAAGGGUCCCUCCUGUCCGACGACAUCCUGGACACUCCAGACGAUCUGGACAUUAAUGUAGAAGACAUGGACACACCAGACGAAACAGACUCUUUAGAGUUCAUCACCAGCGGCAAUGAGUUGGAGUGGGAAGAUGAUGCCCUUGUGGCGCGAGCUAAAGUGGGUCCAGGUGAUGGUUCGGGUCAGGGGGCUGAGGAGGGAGAUGGGACUGCUCGCCUCUGGAGGACUGUGAUCAUUGGAGACCAGGAGCACCGUAUAGACAUGCAGGUCAUCAGACCAUACCUGCGCGUGGUCACUCACGGAGGUUAUUAUGGAGAAGGUCUGAAUGCCAUCAUUGUGUUUGCGGCCUGCUACCUCCCGGACAGCGGCUGUGCCGACUACCAUUACAUCAUGGAGAACCUCUUCCUAUAUGUGAUCAGCAGUUUGGAGUUACUCGUAGCUGAGGACUAUAUGAUCAUAUACCUGAAUGGAGCAACUCCACGCAGGAGGAUGCCUGGCAUCAGCUGGCUCAAGAGAUGCUACCAGAUGAUUGACAGAAGGUUAAGGAAGAAUCUCAAAUGUCUGAUUAUUGCACACCCAUCCUGGUUUAUUCGGACUGUUCUGGCCAUCUCACGCCCUUUCAUUAGUGUGAAGUUCCUGGAUAAGGUUCGCUAUGUGCAGAGUCUGGAGGAGUUGGCUCAAAUCGUCCCUAUGGAGCAUGUGCAGAUCCCUGAGUGUGUGCUGCAAUAUGACGAGGAGCAUCCCAAGGCCCAGACAGAAAGGCUUGUGGAAGAACAGAGACAGAGUGACAGAUCAGUCCCAGAAAGGCCCACAUCGGUGGCUGCGGAGGCUUGUCCAUGACUUGAGUUAAUCUUUUUAGCAAAGGACAAGGAGCUGUGUGAGCUUUCUUCCUCUAACACCAACAUCUGCAUCUGUUUUCUACAAUCCAGCAAUCCAUCAUCAUCCUUCUCUCUGAAAAGGAUCUGUUAAGAGACUUUAUAUAUGCAAUUACCUGCCACUUUACUCUACACCUGCUCAUGCAAUUAUCCAGUUAUCAGCCAACAAUGUGGCAGAAGCACUGAUCUGCUGAUCUCCUGAAGGUUGAAGAUUGGAAAAUGACCAGGCGAUUAUCCAGUUUAGAUGAACCUGUGCCCACUGUAACAUCCAAUUCCUGUUCUUGGCUGACAGGAGUGGGGUCUUUUGCUGUUUUAGCCCAAUCACCUCAAUGUUUGAUGUGUUGUGCAUUCUGAGAUGCUUUUCUGCUCGACACGGCUGUAUAUAGUGGUUGUCAUAGCCUUCCUGUUAGCUCGAACCAGUCUGAUCAUUUGCUUCUGACCUUUCUCAUCAGCAAGGUGUUUCUCACAGUAGAACUGGCACGCACUGGGUGUUUUUUUUUUUUUAACUGCCAUUCUGUCUAGAGUUCAAUCAGUUGUGCAUGAAAUCCCUGGAGCUCAGCAGUUUCUGACAUACUCAAACCAGCCCGUCUGGCACCAACAACAACGCCACGGUCAGUCACUGAGAUCACAUUUUACCCCAUUCUGAGAUUUGAUUUGAACAUUAAACUGAAGCUCUUGCCUUGUAUCUGCAUGAUUUUAUUGAUUGGCUUAUCGGAUGAUUGCAGAGCAGGUGUACAGGUAUUCCUAUUAAAUUGGGCAGUAAGCAUUUCUACUUUAACCUGGGGCAUGACUCUUAAUGUGAACAAAAGACACAUUUCUGAAAAUACAGUGGACUAUAUGUACUGCAACACAUGAAAAAACUCAAGCAACCUAUUUAAAAAGCACAAAAAAGUGACUUUUUACUAGAUAUCAACCCAGUCUCAUCUUCAACCAGAAAGCAUGGGGAACCUGUUUUAAUGUUGCUAAGUGUAGGACCGCAGUGUAUAAGUUAUGUGGAGAAGCUCAGCAUGGACAGCCAUGUUUUUGUGUUGCACUGGUACAGUUGCACUAAUUACUCUAACGUUCCAUAUUUAAUAACAUACACACAGUCAGUGGGUUAUUAUAUUUUGUGCAGUUUAUCAUCAUUCCAGACAUCAUUCACACCAGCAGAAUUUUGCUACUGUAGUAGAAGGCAUAAAUGAAAUCCAGCAUCCAUGUAAAAUAUUCUGUAUACUGUAAAAUAGUGUAUGCGUCUGUUUUUUUCCCCAAUGUACAAGUUUUCCCUUUAUAGCAAAGGAUAACAUUUCAAAAAUAACUCAUUACAGGCUUUUAUGCUUUAAAGCUGAUAUAGUAAUGCAUUCCUAAAAACAGGUCAUGGGUGUAAUAAUAAAAAUAAAUGCAAUAGUUCUCAAUAGUGAAUGUUAGCUUACACAUAUCUCAAUAAUAUUCAUUUCCUACCAUCAUGUUAUUACAGGAUUUCUAAAUGUUUAUGACGUAACUGCAGGAUUUCUAAAAAUUUCAAGGAGGUAACUGCAGGAUUUCUAAAAUUUCCAUGAUGUAUCUACAGGAUUUCUAAUUCAUUCCACUGAUUCAGGAGGGAUAUUUUAAAAUACUGUAGCCAUGUUAUUGUACAUACUGAUCAUACUGUACAGUGCAUUGUAAGUAAAACAUUUGUAUCACAA